CGUGCAUGACGCAUGCGCAUUGAUUUCUAACUGCGCUGUCGAUAACGUUUUGCGGGUUUUCCACUGCGACUAAAAAAAUUUGUUUAAUUUAUCAAUUUUUCUUUAAUGCACAUCAGUCAUGCUACGUUCAGGGCUCUGCAGAUUCCAACAGUUUGUUAAAUUUACAUCUGGAACUUCACAGAGAUUAUACUUUGGAUGUCGUACAUUUAAAACAGGUGGUCCUGCACUGCUGACAGCCAAAAUACAACAAGCUGCUCCAGACUUUAAAGGGACUGCUGUUGUCAAUGGAGAAUUCAAAGACAUUAAGUUGGCAGAUUACAAAGGAAAAUAUUUGGUGCUCUUCUUUUAUCCACUAGAUUUUACAUUUGUAUGCCCAACUGAGAUCAUUGCAUUUAGUGAUAAUAUAAAAAAAUUCAAAGAGAUCAAUGCAGAAGUUGUUGGUGUUUCAAUUGAUUCCCAUUUCAGUCACCUUGCUUGGAUCAACACUCCUAGAAAGGAAGGUGGCCUUGGUCAACUAAAGUAUCCUCUUUUAUCUGACUUAAGCAAACAAAUUGCAUCUGAUUAUGGUGUCUUGCUUGAAAACCCAGGUAUUGCUCUUCGAGGUCUGUUUAUUAUUGACCCUAAUGGCAUUCUUCGUCAAAUCACCAUUAAUGAUCUCCCAGUGGGCCGAUCAGUUGAUGAAACCAUACGAUUGAUCAAAGCAUUUCAAUUUGUUGAGAAACAUGGAGAAGUUUGUCCUGCCAAUUGGCAACCUGACAGCAAAACCAUAAAACCCACAGUAGAUGGUUCCAAAGAAUAUUUUGAAAAAGUUAAUUAAACAAGAAAUUUCUUAAGACUGUUUUCCCUGUAUCUUCUGCCAUAAAGACAAGUCCAACAAGAAAAAACAAAAAAAAAACUGUAUAACAACUUUACUGCUCAGUCAUUUAGUCUUUGUUUCUAUGGAAAUAAAGCUGCAGUUUUUUUUUUGUUUUUUUUUUUUAAUUCUGAGUUCAGUCCUAUUCAACAAAUUUCUAAGAGAUAAGUAAUUGUAUGUUGAAGAGCUGCUAUACUUGUUAGAAAUCCUGUUAUUAUUUUGUGUGUUUUAAAUAAAUUUUGAUUUUUUAAAAAUA